AUGUCCGGGCCACCACCAGUACCAACCAAAAAAGCAAAGAGGCCAUACAAUACGGGUCGGCACAAUAAACGAAAUGAAGAAAAGGAAGAAAACUAUGAGAACAUCCGGUUUUCCGUUAAUGCUAAAGAUGCAGAAGAAAAAUAUAGAACGAUGCAAAAUGCAGGUGACAAAUAUAAAAAGCAAAAUGAAGAAUUGGAGAAAGAAACAAAACAGUUGCAGUUACAAGUUAGUGAAGCAGAAACAAACAAUGGAUCAUUACAAAAUUCACUUCAUGAAUUAAACUUACGUUUUGAAUCUGAAAAAAAUCGAUGGCAACGUAGAAGUAAUGAAUCAGAUAUUGAAAUUCAGAAUUUAAAGAAACAACUUGUAGACUUAGAGAAAGAAACUCGUAAAUACCAAGAUGCUCUUGGAAAAGCUAAAAAUUUUCAUUUUGGGGACGAUAGCAACAGUAAUACAGUGGAACUUGCAAAAACGAUUUCUGGUAUAGUGGUUUUAUUGGAAGAAUUUACCUCAGUUAAAGGCAAAGAUGUGUCUAUUAAUGAAAAUGCUGCUAAUGAACUAUUACUUCAUUACAAAUGCGCAAUGAGGGUUGGGGAAGGAAAGGGAAAACCGGUGUUAAGCGCUGCUUUACAACGUCUUAUUCUUGAGGAAAUAUUUCGCUUUAUUAAUGAAUACUUAUUUCAACCAAAACUUGAAAUCCAACAACAAUCAUCUUUAUCAUUACAAUCCUCAGAUCAGCAAAGUGAACAUCCUCAACCACAACAACCAAAGCAAUUACCACAACUACCACAGCAACCACAACAGUCACAACAACAACAACCACAAGAAGUAGAUAAACAGGAUCCAGAGAAGAAAGCACGCGCUGCGAUUGCCAUUGGAAGGUCACAAUCACUUACAAGACCAUCUCUACCUCCAAUCCUAGGGCAAGAGCCAACUGUUGAGCAAGAGCAAACUAUUGAAUUUGUUGAUGACAAUAAUCUUGAGGCAGAAAUAACAUCAUGCAUGAAAGUAUUAUGCGACUUAGUGCAGCAACUUUCUGAGUCACGGGAAGGAACUGACGAUAUAACACGUGUAACACCUAUAAAUAUCCGUCAGCAAGUUUAUUCAGUGUUAGGAACUCGAGGAUUUUGUAAUGAUAAACAUCCAUUUAUUGAUCAAUUAACAGACACAAUUCUAAAAACUGUUGGUAAAUAUCGACAAUUCAAGAAUAAUGAUAAGCAAACGGAAUCACAUGAAAGGGCAGAAAAAAUAGCGAGAAAUUUUGCACCUUUAUAUUUUAGAUUAAUUGCACAAGAGCCUGUACCAGAAUUUACCGAAUUUUUUGAAGCUGGAACACCUUUGCAGGUCAAUAUUAUGGAAGGAACAUGGGAUGAUCAUGAAAUUCAUGAUUUAGAAGUAGAAAUUUGCUCAUUCCCAUUGGUUAGUGUUAAAGGUAAAGAUGAUGCUAGAAAAGUACUUUAUAAAAGUGUAGUUCUUACAAGAACAAAGAACGGCUAA